GGAGACAUACACAACAUCUGUGUACCUCAGGCCAUGGACCAGCAGCAGUUCCAGGAGGGACUGACUGAAUAUACACAGCCUGGAAACACAACUAGCCUGGGUGGUGUGUAAUGUGAGUGGGGAUGGGCAGAUGGCACUGGUGAACCCCAUUGAGCCGGUGUAUCUCACGCUGAAUUCUGCACCAAUACACAGUGAAGAAGAUGCGAGUGUGGACGGGACUUCCAACCAGCUUCUCCACUACCAUCAGGCAGCCUAUCCCCUGUUUGAUCAGACCUCCAGGAUUCAGGACCCUCCAGCACAGACUACUGGAGCAUUGUGCGAGUCACGGUCCAGGAAACCCUGCCACUGCACCAGGUCCCAGUGCCUCAAGCUCUACUGUGAGUGUUUCGCUAAUGGACUGAUGUGCAGCAACUGUGACUGCUCUAACUGCCACAACAAUGCAGAGCACGACACAAAGCGGCGGAGGGCCAUUAAGUCUUGUUUAAGUCGGAACCCAGAGGCCUUCAGGUCUAAGAUCGCUGCCGGGCCAUCAGGAGAGGUCAAAGGUUGGCACAACAAAGGCUGCCACUGUAAGCGCUCCGGCUGCCUGAAGAACUACUGCGAGUGCUAUGAGGCCAACAUCAUGUGUACCUCCAGCUGUAAAUGCGUCGACUGCAGGAACUAUGACUUUGACGGCUCAGAGAAACAACAAGCCUCAUCCUACGGCCAGAGGACUCAUGGUUGUGUGUGUGUGUGUGUGUGUGUGUUCAGGGGGUCUUUAUCUGUGGUAACAUCUGAUGUGGUGGAGGCUGUGUGUGGCUGUAUGCUGGCCCAAGCGGAGGUGGCAGAGAGAGCGUCCUUGAGCCCCCCCCAUGCUGAGUGCAUAGUGCUGGAGGAGUUCGGAAACUGCCUCUCACAGAUCGUCAGGGCUAUGUUCAAGAACAAUACAAACUGACUCUGGAGGCAUCGCAGACAGUGCUAGUUAGGAUCCAAGAUAUAACCCCUCACUGGAAUAUUGUGCCUAUACGAGCACUUUAGAAGACUGUAUCUGCAUCAGUUCAUUUACAGGGUGCAUUUCAUGUGUUGUUAGCAAGCAGUACUGGUUAAUAUCUUCAUCCUUUCCUUUUUUUCAUUUAUUGUUAUAAUGUUUAGACAAACAUGUAAAAAGUUCACAUGUGCAUGUUUGUGCUGGUAGUUUUGAUGUCUGUAUGAGUGGGAGCAAUGGUGCUGUUUGAGUUCAGAUUCAAAACUGUAUUUAUUUACCUUGAGAGGGGUACAUGUGUAAAUUGUUAUUGUAACAAUAGUAUAUUUUAUAAUAAUUAUAUGUUUUAUCUCACAAA